AUGUACGACUGUUCCGGCAGCGCGCAUUGGUUCAACAAGUGUGACAACGGGAUCAUCGUGAGACGGCCCUAUGCAAAGAGUUGGGCGCAGCAGACACAGACUUCGACUGGCAGCUCCCGCCAGGUUGACAUUAAGGUGGACAAGGUCCGCAACUACUAUGCCGGCCAGCUGGGGACAGCGAAGCUGAUUUUCAACCCCAACACACGGGGUUAUGAAGAGCUGCAGAUCAGUGGUUGA